AUGGACUUGCCUUAUAUUCUAUUCUUCGUUCUCUUUUUGGGAACCUUACAAGCCACGAAUGGAUUCACAACCUCUGGAAGAAUACCACAUCUGCGGCUGCUUUCGAAUUCAGGAGAGGUUGUUUCAUCAUCGAGCUGCUGCCUCUUUGUUGAAACUACUCUUUCUGAAGCCGAAGCUGACCUUUUGCCAUCCAUUCGUGAAGCCAUUGAAGAAACUGGGGAUGAACUUGCGAUACCGUCGUGGAUAGAAGCAAUUGAACUUGUUUGUAGCAAGACCGGCCUACCAGAAGAUUCAGCAGAGAUUGCACUGGCCAAAGCAAAUGGUUGGAGGGCCUGGGUCAAGGUGACAAGCAAGUUUGCCAAGAAAUACAUGAAGACAUACAUCCCAAAAAAGGAUAAAUUGGAAGCUGCGCUUGACUGGGCUAUCACUGGCCCGCUCCAGUUCUCAGAAGAGCAGCUUGCUGCAGCAGUCGUUCGAACUCCUGAAGUCUACCUAAUGGAACCAGAAAAGAAUUUCGAAAAGGCCCGUUCUGUUGCACCGAAGGCUUUUCAGAAUACCGAACAAUUCACCGAGCUUGCAACUUCAGAUCCAAGUGUUCUUUCGUUAACAUUCAACUGUGUGGACUCGGGAUGUAAUUCGGAAUGCGGGAACUGUUGGGUAUCGUAUGAUAACAGGAAACGAAUUAAACAGCCGGAUAUAUUCGAUUGA